AUGAGCCCUCACGCCGUGCCCAUGAACGACUCAGAAGAGCGCGCGCCAGCAGUCCAAGAAGCCUUCACUGGCUUCGCGGCUAACGCGCUGGACGAGAGCCACUUCCCCGCGUUCGAAAACCGGUCGCACCUUCGAUAUACCCCAGAAGAGGAACUACACGAUUUGGUAUGUGUGGGAUUCGGUCCCGCAUCGCUGGCCAUCGCAACGGCUCUACACGAUGCUUUGGACGGCACAGAUCCAUCGCUGGACCUGCCAAAUCUGCAGCGCCAACCGCCGAAGGUCGCGUUUCUGGAGAAGCAAUCCGGCUUUGCAUGGCACGCUGGCAUGCUUCUUCCUGGCGCCAGGAUGCAGAUUACUUUCAUGAAGGAUAUGGCCACACUGAGGAACCCGCGAAGCGAGUUUACCUUCAUCAACUACCUUCACCAGAAGGAUCGCCUGAUCGAGUUCACCAACCUGAACACUUUCCUUCCGCAGCGAGUGGAAUAUGAGGACUACAUGAGAUGGUGCGCCAGCUGGUUUGAAGAGGUGGUUCAAUACGACCAGGAAGUGGUUAAGGUCAUGCCGGAGAAGUCGAGCGGAGACGGUGAGAUCAAGACUUUUGUCGUCACGUCACGCAACUUGCAGACCGGCCAGAUCGAGUCGAGGAGAACAAAGCAUGUGGUGAUAGCGGCUGGAGGCCGACCAAACCUUCCUGCGCCGUUCCCAAGCAAUCAUCCGAGAGUCAUCCACUCGUCUAAGUUCCACUAUAUCUCAAGCAAGAUCUUGACCGACUACCAGAGACCUUACUCAGUUGCCGUCGUCGGAAACGGACAGAGCGCAGCAGAAAUCUUCGACUUCCUCCACACGCACUACCCCAAUGCGCGGACAAGGCUGCUAAUUAAGCAAGGCGCUCUCCGUCCCAGCGACGACUCCCCGUUCGUCAACGAGAUUUUCAACCCCGCCCGCGUAGACAGCACCUUCAACCGCGAAGCAAAAUUGCGUACAACCGCUAUCGCCGACGACAAAGCUACGAACUACGGCGUCGUGCGCCUCCCCCUCCUCGAACACAUCUACGAGACCCUCUACCUUCAGCGCAUCUCCCACGGUAACACCGCCGAAGCCGAAAAGACCUGGCCCCACGCCAUCCUGCCCUACCGCCUCGUAACCGCCCUCCAAGAAUCACCCGUCAUCCCCUCCGGCCUGCGCCUAACUAUCCACGACCGGAGUCCGCUUUACCUCUCGGAUACGCCGAACGCGAGCGAGAAGUCGGAGACGUUGGACGUGGAUGCAGUGUUCGUGGCUACGGGGUACAAGCGCGAUUUGCACGAGACGCUGCUCGUCGAGUCGCGGCAUCUCAUGCCUGGAGGGGAUUUGAAAGACGCGAGGUGGAGCGUGCAGCGUGAUUAUCGUAUCAAUUUCGCGGACAAAGCAAUCGAUGCUGAUGCGGGCGUGUGGCUGCAGGGGUGCAAUGAGCAGACGCAUGGUUUGAGCGACACGUUGCUUUCGAUUCUGGCGAAUCGUGGUGGAGACAUCGUGAAUUCGAUAUUUGCGCACAAGGGGAACAGCGGAUGUGAGGAGAGGGCGGGGUGGGAGGUGCGUGCGUAG